CUGCUACAAAUAUUGAAUUGAAUUGAAUGGCGAAUAAUAAUAAUAAUAAUAAUUCUCCGGCGGCAAAGUAAAGUAAAGAAAUGAGAAUGAGAAUUGGUAUUGCUUAGGUGGAACCUACCUACGCACUAUCUCUAGUAUAGUAGUAUCUGAAUCAAUCAAUCAGAAUCGCAUCGUCAGAAGAGGGAGGAAGGAUGGGUCACGAAUACUCCAAACUGUCAGAAUCAACAGGAGAAGGGAAUAAAGGAUCGCGUCGUGCUCGCCUCAAAAACCGUCUUCACCUUCAUCGCCACCGUAAAACUCCUUCUACUAGCAGCAGUAACAAACUCCUCUCCGUCGACACCUUCACUGGAAUCGCUCUCUUCGCCCUCCUCCGCGCGGAGAUGCAAUUCAAGGACAAAUGGAUUGCCUGCCUUUCUCUCGGCGAACAGACUUUCCGUACCAAAUCAUCUGAUCAGACAGAUAAACCAGUUUGGAAUUCCGAAAAGAAACUUCUCUUGGAACAAAAUGGGCCUCAUAUUGCAAGAGUUUCUGUUUAUGAGACCAACAAACUGUCCAGCAAUACUCUUGUUGGAUACUGUGAGAUUGAUCUGCUUGAAUUUCUGUCCCAGGAUUCUGAUUCUGACAUUGAAACAUUCAACCUUUUAGAUCCAUCAGUCCCUGGAAAAGUGGUUGGCAACAUCUCCAUUUCAUGCUCUGUAGAGGAUCCAAUUGAAACAGAAAAAGGCUUUGUUAGACGCAUUUUAUCCAUCAUGGACUACAAUGGAGAUGGGAUGCUUUCAUUUUCUGAAUUUUCUGAUCUGAUUGAUGCUUUUGGUAACCAAUUAGCAACCAGAAAGAAUCUCAAAUUUGGACAAUGGAAAUUAGCUUUUUUGGUCAUAUCAAAGUCCAAAUCUUCACUACAGAAGAAAGAGGAGCUGUUCAAAGCAGCUGACAAGAACGGAGAUGGUGUUGUGAGCAUGGAUGAAUUGGCUUCCCUUCUUGCUUUACAACAAGAAAACAGGGAACCACUGUUGAAUUGCUGCCCUGUUUGUGGUGAGGUUCUUCAGAUUUCUGACCAGUUGAACAGCAUGAUCCACUUAACUCUUUGUUUUGACGAAGGGACUGGAAACCAGGUGAUGACUGGAGGAUUCUUGACAGAUAAGCAGGCUUCAUAUGGCUGGCUCUUCAAAAUGAGUGAAUGGGCCCAUUUCUCAUCCUAUGAUGUUGGUAUUCGAUCUGGAUCAAGUUCUUCCCAUAUUCUGGUAUAUGAUCGGAAAUCUCAAAGGCUUGUCGAAGAACAAAUUGACAAAAAGAUUGUUUUGUCAAUGAGAGCUAUUUAUCAGUCAAAAAUAGGUCUUGGUCUAAUGGACAUAGGGGUAAAGGAGCUCCUGCAAAGCAUUUCUGAAAAGCAGGGAGCAAAAAUGGAUUCACUUGAAUCGGCUGCUGAUAUACCGAAAUUCGUUGAAUCUUAUAAGGGUCAAAUCAGUUUGGCUGAGGUCAAGUAUCCACUGGAACACUUUAAGACAUUCAAUGAAUUUUUCAUUAGAGAGUUGAAACCUGGUUCAAGACCAAUUGCUUCUGCUGAGCAUGACAACAUUGCUGUAUGUGGUGCUGAUUGUCGUCUAAUGGCAUUUAAAUCAGUUGAUGAAAGUUCAAGAUUUUGGAUUAAGGGUCGAAAGUUUUCAGUUCAAGGCCUUCUGGGGAAAGAAAUGUGUUCCAGUGCUUUUGUUGAUGGAACACUUGUGAUUUUCCGUCUGGCACCACAGGAUUAUCACCGUUUCCAUUUGCCAGUAUCGGGAACUAUUGAGCAAUUUGUUAAUAUCCCUGGAAGCCUGUUUACUGUCAAUCCCAUUGCUGUAAAUAGCAAGUACUGUAAUGUCUUCACAGAGAAUACGCGAGUUGUUUCAAUAAUUUCAACUGUAGAUUUUGGAAAGGUGGCAUUUGUUGCAAUUGGAGCUACAAUGGUUGGUAGCAUUAAUUUCACAAAGAAAAAGGGCGACUAUGUGAAGAAGGGAGAUGAGUUUGGAUAUUUUGCUUUCGGUGGAAGCACUGUAAUUUGUGUUUUUGAAAAGGGUUCAAUUGCAAUUGAUGAAGACCUUCUAUCAAAUAGCACCAGAUCACUAGAAACUUUGGUUACUAUGGGGAUGAGAUUGGGUGUUUCCACGAGAAAAUUGUCAUGACAACUGAUAUAGGGUUGACUAACAUAGAAAUAUGAAUACUGUGUGAUGUGUAGUUAUAUUUUUUCUUUUUAGCAUUAUAGUGUUGGAUUGUUGGCUAUUAAUGGCAGAUGUAUCACCCAAUUUGUAAAACUUUUCGAAUCUCAUUCAGGGUAUCACUCUAGCUGCCUCAGUUAGAUUUGUGACAUUUAUCCUCAGUUUGAUCUGUAAUGAAAAAUCAGGAAAAAUUGCGAUUAUCA